CCGCUUGCUUCGGGUUUGGUUUCUUGUACCCAAUAACCGCCAGUGCCGUGUCCGAAUCGGCUCCUGUUUUUCCUGGGUGAUUUCUGAGGACAGUUGGCUUCUUGUGUGUGUCAUUAGCUUGGUUACUCUUCAGUUUUGGCAUUCGAAGUAUAUAUUUUUUUAAUCAAAACAGUGUCUUACAUUGGAAUAAAAAACUUGCGUGCAACUAACUCCUGUCGAUCCUGUUGUUUAUUAGUCAGUCUUCUUAAAGACUUCAUCCUGAAGGCAUCCAAAUGCUCAGUUGCUGUUGUAAAACAAGCAGAUUUUUUUUUUUUAAAGUCCUUUAAAACCAACAACUUCUUGGUUUUUGGUUGUUUUUUUUCUGAUGAUACAAAGAUAGAAGAAGGAAAAACAAAUGCUCUGUUUUGCGGAGGAGGGAAAGGUUAUGCCCCUCCCCCCCUCCUUCCUCUCACAAGAAAACAAGGGCAGCACGUGCUGGGGUUGCAGUGGGGGCACCGGGGGUUUUGCUCCGCAAGAUCUGCUCUGCCUCUUGCGGUAAGCAGCCAUCUGAGAGCGGCACAUCUGCGGUGGCGUGAGCUGAAAUCACAGAUCGAACAGCUCCAACCCCAGUUACGGUUCCCACGCUGCAGGACAAAAAUACCAUUUCUUUUACUAAGUUUGGUCGCGUUACCUCGGGGGUGCCGGUACUGAUGUCCUGCCAGGCGGACACCGAUCCGGCCACGGACACCGAUCCGGCCGCGCCAGUGCGGGUGCGGAGGCGACGCGGCAGCGGGCGCGGGGUGGAAGCCACCUCCGCUGGCAGCAGCAGAAGCCCAGCUCGGCUUCAGACUCCAGCACUGCGAAGGAGAAACUCUGCAAAUUCUUCUCAAUGACUCUAUAGCCAACUGAUGUAACAAUGGUACUAAUAUUGGGACGCAGACUGAAUAGAGAGGAUAGUGGGAUACGAGAUUCCCCUGCAACCAAGCGGAAAGUUUUUGAAAUGGACCCAAAAUCGUUGUCAGGCCCCGAGUUUUUCGACUUCUCCUCGGGAUCAUCCCAUGCUGAAAGCAUUCUCCAGAUCUUCAAUGAAUUCCGAGACAGCCGGUUGUUCACAGAUGUCAUUAUCUGUGUGGAAGGAAGGGAGUUCCCCUGCCACCGGGCGGUCCUCUCGGCCUGCAGCAGCUACUUCAGAGCCAUGUUUUGCAACGAUCAUAGAGAAAGCAGAGAGAUGUUGGUGGAGAUCAAUGGCAUUCUGGCUGAAGCAAUGGAUUGCUUUUUACAGUAUGUAUACACGGGCAAAGUAAAGAUCACAACAGAGAAUGUGCAGUAUCUCUUCGAAACAUCAAGUCUCUUUCAGAUCAGUGUUUUACGUGACGCCUGCGCCAAGUUCCUGGAAGAGCAGCUGGAUCCUUGCAACUGCCUGGGAAUCCAGCGCUUUGCAGAUACGCAUUCACUCAAGACGCUGUUCACCAAGUGCAGGAAUUUUGCGCUGCAGACGUUUGAGGAUGUGUCCCAGCACGAAGAAUUCCUUGAACUGGGAAAGGAUGAGCUUAUUGAUUACAUUUGCAGCGAUGAACUGGUGAUCAGUAAGGAAGAGAUGGUGUUUGAAGCUGUCAUGCGCUGGGUGUACCGAGCAGUCGAGUUGCGCAGACCAGUGUUACAUGAACUGCUGACACAUGUCAGGCUCCCGUUGUUACACCCAAACUACUUUGUUCAGACUGUGGAAGUGGACCAGCUGAUCCAGAAUUCCCCAGAGUGCUAUCAGCUGCUGCAUGAAGCCAGGCGAUACCAUAUCCUUGGAAACGAGAUGAUGUCUCCCAGAACUAGGCCACGCAGAUCAACUGGUUAUUCUGAGGUGAUAGUUGUUGUUGGAGGCUGUGAACGAGUUGGAGGGUUUAAUUUGCCAUACACUGAGUGCUAUGAUCCUGUAACAGGAGAGUGGAAGUCACUGGCCAAACUUCCGGAGUUUACCAAGUCUGAGUAUGCAGUGUGUGCUCUACGGAAUGAUAUUCUUGUUUCAGGUGGAAGAAUCAAUAGUCGGGAUGUUUGGAUUUACAACUCGCAACUUAACAUUUGGAUCAGAGUUGCCUCCUUAAAUAAAGGCAGAUGGCGUCAUAAAAUGGCUGUUCUUCUUGGUAAAGUAUAUGUUGUUGGAGGAUAUGAUGGGCAAAACCGCCUCAGCAGCGUAGAGUGUUAUGAUUCGUUUUCUAAUCGAUGGACAGAGGUGGCUCCCCUUAAAGAAGCUGUGAGUUCUCCUGCAGUCACCAGCUGUGUUGGCAAACUGUUUGUGAUUGGGGGUGGUCCUGAUGACAACACAUGUUCUGACAAGGUUCAGUCUUACGAUCCUGAUACUAAUUCUUGGUUGCUCCGUGCAACUAUCCCUAUCGCAAAAAGAUGUAUUACAGCAGUGUCUUUAAACAACCUGAUCUACGUUGCUGGUGGGCUUACCAAAGCAAUAUACUGCUAUGAUCCAGUUGAGGACUACUGGAUGCAUGUACAGAAUACAUUCAGCAGACAGGAGAAUUGUGGCAUGUCUGUGUGUAACGGAAAAAUCUAUAUCCUUGGUGGAAGACGAGAAAAUGGUGAAGCCACAGACACUAUUCUUUGUUAUGACCCUGCAACGGGCAUUAUCACAGGAGUAGCAGCCAUGCCCAGGCCAGUAUCAUAUCAUGGCUGUGUGACGAUUCAUAGAUUUAAUGAAAAAGGCUUUAAACUGUAAUUUUCUUGAAAAAAGAAGAUGAUGGCAUGAAUGAAUCCAGUGGUCUGCUGCAAGACAGGCUUUUUAAAGAUUCCUGAAAUGGGAAAAUGCCCUUUCCCUGCCUAAGUGUCAUACGAAAAUUAUAUCCUGUGCCUUUAGAAAAAGGGUUAAUUUAACUUACAAAACAAGUCUACAAAUCUAUCCAGUAACCAGAGUUCAGUUGUAUCUGCUGUGGGCUCUGAUACAAGAGCAGUAGUAGUACAUUGUACUGGUGUUCAGCAAGUUUUUCCUGUAUGUGAUUAGUAAUUAAAUUCUUGGAAGCUUUUAGGAGAAAGUGCCUUCACAGGCAUUUGUGCCUGUGUCCUAAGAAGCGGUAUCUGCAAGGUGUUUCAGGUUCUGCUAAUUGGAAAAAUACAUAGGCAAGUAAAUUCCAGAGAAUCAUCUAGGAUAACAAACUAAAAUUAAAAAAAAACUUAUAUAAUUCAUAUGCACAGCAUUCUUACAAGCAGAUUGCUUGGCUUAACCAAGUAGAUUUUAUGUUGGAUUAUGCAUGGUUUGGAAUUAAAAAAAAAAAAAAAACAAAGCCACCCAAACAAACAAAAACCAACCAAAAAACCCAAACUGCAUAGGACAAAUACUAGAAUCUGAGGAAUGCUUUUUUUCUGAAGGAGAAACUGGUUGUUCAGUGAGCCACUGCGACACGCUGCAGUGACGAUUGUGUGCCUUAACACUAUGGACCUUAUUCAUAGUGUUGCUGAAUGUUCAUCAGAAGUACAAGGCUCCGUGACAUGGAAAACUAGUGACCACUGGGCUGUAGGCGUAGAAUCAUAGAAUCAUUGGGUUGGGAAAGACCUUUAAGAUCGUAGAGUGCAACGGUAAACCUCACACUGCCAAGUCCACCACUGAACCAUGUCCCCAAGUGCCACGUGUACGCACUCAUACUAUCUCACUUCUUUAAAGCUGGAUCUCAGCUGCCCUGCAGACCACAUGGGAAGAAGGCAGACUAAUGCAUUUGAGUGGACUGCAAAGCUUAGUAUUUAUUUAAUUUACAUCACACUGCAUAGACCCGUCAGGGUGUGAAGCAAAUUUUGGAUCCUAGUUUUUAACUUUUUCAAUAGUAUGGCUGAAGUCUGAAAAUUACUGGGUUCACUCUUUGCUCGCUGCAAAGUAUCUCUAAACUGUUCAAGAAAUAAGGGAUGAUGAAUUCUGGAUUCUUCUGCUUUUCUGAAUCCCAUGAUAAAUUACCUGAUGAUAGAGGUGGGGACUUGGGUUGCAGCUUACAGCUUAUAAAUUGGUCUUUCAGAUAUCUUGUCUGCAGAGAUGGCAGGGUACCUGCCAAGUAUUUCUUGGCUUUUCUUCAGACAAUCACUUACUUUAGCACAGUUAAACUACUGUAUAAGCUGCUUGGCCACAGAUAAAGUAGUUCUGGAAAGUUCCUUCCUAUCACCAGAAAAAAAACUGUGGACCUAUCCAUGUAGCCAUAUGAGGUAACUCCCACAUAACAUGUUCUGGAUAGUUUUGAAGCCUAGAAGGGGCCUGUAUUUUAUUGUCCUGUCCCCUCAUCUUUUUUUUUUUUCCCCCCCUUUUUUAAGUAAACGUAUUUUUUUUAAGUCCUUCCUAGAUUUCUGUACUAGAACUCUUUAUUUCCAGUACACAGUUGCAUAGUUGAGGCACAAGUUCGUAAAAACUGAAGUAGCACUUGAGAGUUGGAGAAUGAAUAGGAUUGUCUGUGUACCAAUUUCCUGUUAAUCGCCAAAAACCUCAGGAACUGCCCUUCAAAGGAAUUCUGAGGACAGCAGCCAGUAAGGAAGUUGGUCAGUGCCAGGGCAGGGGAAAAAAAACCCCAAAACAUAAGGCCCCUGCAGAGACAGCCCUGGCCUCAGGCUUCUGGUCUCCAUGCUUGCUCAGGAGGGUGAAAACAAGCACCAUCUCUGGAACAUUGUUCCGCUGGACUUUCUUCAUCUGUUUUCCCAGAGUAUUUCUUUAUGAGAUGGAAAUUCUGACCCUCAGUGAAGCCAUGCCAAACUGGGAGUCAGCAUUUUCCAUAAGAUAUGGUCAUGACUUUUAAAGAGCACUGGGAGCUGCACUUUGUGAUGCAUUAACUUGUAACCUCAGGAAAGGACACAAAUUUCAGGUUCUGACUGAAUACCAAACACUGCUUUGUAUAUGUUAAAAAUACUGAUAAAAUACAAAUUUCUGUGUAUCAGUGAUGUAAUUAGGAAGUUGGUCCCUGAGCAUGUACAUUCACAUUGCCCUAAAAAAGAUUAAGUCCCUUGGUAACGUAAGACAAAUGAGUCAGAUAAAUUAAUCCUUUUCUAAGUUCCUUGUGUUUCUGCUCACCAAGUGUUACUUUAAAAAGGUAAUUUCAGUACCUGUGAAUAAGGUCCAUUGAUAGCAAUGGUAAUUGCCCAGUAACUGAUACUGUAUACUAACACUGUAUGUAACUAGUGCCAUCAUUGUAAAUGAAAAUGUAAAAAAUGAUAGGAGCACUUAAUUAGAGGUGCAAUUUGAAAAACGUUCUCCUUUCCUUUGAUUUCCUUCUUGCUUGUAUUGAGACUUCUGAUGUUGAUUGUCAUGCUAAACUGGUUUUAAACAUUCUUUAUUCUGUAGAACAAUGUUGUUUAUGUAUAGAUAUCUUUUAACCUGUUCAUAAUACUGCACUACUCUGUAAAUAACAAGAUACUGCUUUCUGUGGUUUUGAAAAUUCAUUUUAUAGUUUAGUUGUCUUUUCUUAACAAUGUAUGUACUGUUACCUAUUAUUUUGAAAAUGACAGUGUUUAAUGAACCAGCAAAUGCAGAAAUGUAGAUGUAGAAGAAAACUUCUGCUUACAAUUCUUGAGAACCUAUAUUCAAUGCUGAACAGUUACAUGUGUGGAGCAUUGCUAAAAUGGCAGUUACUCAUGCAAUGAUUUCCCUAAAACAAGCAGUGAAAUUCUUUUUGUUCGUUAACUGUAAAUAAUUUGCACUUAUGGCCUGCUCUGUUAGAAAAUUAUUUUUAGAUGUACUAGAAAAGAACAAUUCAACUUUGGCUUAACGAAAACUUACCGUUUUUCUAGAAGGAUGCAUUAAUUUGGAAGUAGCACUGCUGAGCCACCUGUUCUCCGAUGCAUUUCACUUAGGUAUAGAUGAGUUCAAAGAUUUAAACUCUCACUAUUACGCUUGUAGUUUAUGUGCAAUGUGGCUGCUUCUAGUUUAUGGGCUUGAGCAGCAAGCUGGGGUCUUUUUGUCUCAGGAGAGAAAACUAUGUCAUCUAGUAUAAUCAAAAGAUUUCUAUCAUAAAUGUUUUUUUAUGAUGGAAAAAAACAUCAUAAUAGGUUUGGUACCUCUGCACAAAGAUGUAACUUCAGUCUAACCAUACAUGGCAAGAGGGCUCAAGUAUCUCAAGUCACACCUAAAAAAAAAAAUUUUAAGAGUUGUCUAAUGUUUCACCCCACUAAAUAGAUAAUUAGAGAAAUCAAGUAUUUCAGUCUUAAAUAAGGGUAAAUGUUUUCCUCUCAAUUUUAAUGUCCACUUCAUGAAUUACAUCCUUCUGUUCUUAGCAAUAUGAUGUUAAUUGAAAAGAAAGUCAAUGCUUUUUGCAGCCUGACUUCGAGAAGGUUCUGAAUAGGUAACAUCAGUCCUGCAUUACAGCAGAGCUCAUAGCCUGCCGCUUUUAGACAUACCAUGCAUUCCCUUAUUUUGCAGCCAUCGAGCAUGUAACUUUGCCUGGUAAUCAUUGUUUCGCCUGUAGGCUCCCUUCUUGGUAAUGCUUAAGUAGGCAUAUUUUGUGGAAUCUCUUCCAUUUUUACCAUCAGAUGAUUCAUGUUACACUAUGUGCCUGGUAUGCAUUUUGAGGAUUGGGCACUGUGCUUUCUGCUUUUGGCACCAAGGGUCCAGAGUUGUAGUUACUUUCUUAUUUUAAUUGGCAUCAAUGCAGUUCUCAUCAGAGAUUGCUUUUGUUCCUAUUCUCUGAAGCACAGGUGUCUUUAAUGCAGAUUAUGUUGAUAUGAACCCUUAUCAUAAUUUAGUCAAGCUUUUUAAAUGGUAUUUUUAAUACUGCACAUUUUUGAGAGAGGCUGACGAUGUAGGGAGAGGAGGUGCUCACCUUGACAGCAGUUCAGAGGAAGCUUUGGUCGCUUGUGCUUCAGAGUAAGGACACUGCUGACUGCUCCAGCUUCUUCCUCAAAAUAGUUGAGUUUACCACAUUAUCUUAGAUAGUUACUCAAUUUAUCAUGCUUUUGUUUUAUUUGAACUGCAAGGACAAAACAAGAAGCAAUCCCACUCCCUGUGAUUUCAUGUUCCCCUUCAGCCCAAGGCACGGUGGUGUGCUGGAACAGUCACCCCUGGCAGCUAGGCAGAGCUGUGAACUUAGUCCAGCUCCAAAGAGAGAGAUGAGAGAAACUCAUUGGUGCAAGGUGAGAGAUACCAGGAGGAAACACACUGCCUUUGGGGUUUGUGUGUUUGGCUGGGCUCGCCUAAACCAAGAUGUUCUGGAUGCUCAUAAGUUUCCAAUUCCAGGUGCUGAAACUCAGCUGGUAAAAAUAUUUCGCAUUUGUCAACUUGGUGAACUGAGCUGAGUGAUAAAGAUGCCUAUAUGGUCACAGUCUUCUAGUGGCAGCGUUCAAGAAAGCCAAAGAUUUGUAUUUCGGAAUUGCCCAUCCGGGCAAGCAUAUGUGGGGCUUUUUCUACCAUUGAAGAUGGCAAAAGCCAAUUCAAGAGCGUUAAGAAACUCACAAGACUUGAUCACUGUGAGGCAAAAUGAGUAUUUUCAUCUGAAUGUAGUCUUGUGCACACAAGAAAGCACAAAUGAAAUGGUUUGUUGUGCCUGGUUAAAAAAAACCUGAGCAACAUAGAAAAGGAGUCUACAAGAUUAGAUGAGAUUUUUAAGCAGACGUUUGCUGUCUGGUUGGGGGCCAAGCAGUAAUUUCUUUUUAAAUACAUCCAGCGCGCAAGUUUUCUCAGUGUUGAAUUAUUUCAGGUGGCAUUAAUAAAAAUGGAUCUGACUGUCAGUUUAUGAUGAUUGUGUCAGUGCUAUGCACAUUGCCACAAAACAGUAAGCAGCCUCCUGCCAACCCCAAACCAGAUGUGUGAAUCACAGGUUCUCUGCAUGCUGGCCUUGCGUCAGCAGUCUUCCAUAACUAAUGUUACACAUAAGUUCAUGUUACUCAAAGUGUAUCAUCCUGAUAACGUUACUAAGAACUCUUAUUUACAGGAACAUUUCUCUUUUUUUUUUUCCUAAUGUAGUGCUCCAGUCUAUGCUCAUGUUUAUUGUGCGCACAUCUGCGCAUGUGAGUAAUUUUGUGAUCAUUUUCUGGUAGUGCUGUUAUAAGUAAUGCACAUAAGAGCCCCUGUGUACAGCAUGUAAUUAUGGCUUACUUUGUAUUAUUAGUUCCAAAGAAAAUAAUGUGUGUUAAUUCUGAAAAUGCCUGUGCCUUGAAUUUACCUAUAUUUUUAUCUAUUGUGAAAAAGAGCUUGGAUUACUUCUCCCAGUUUAUCGUUAUUAGGAUCGGUCUUGCUGUCUAGACUGUUGAUGCGCUUCUAAGAGAAACAAAUCUUGCCAUUCAUUAAUUAGAAUAGUUAAACCUCUUGUUUAGAAUAUGCCUAGAAUGCUUCCAUUAUUGCAGUGCUAUGGCAGAUUUAAUCUAGGGAAAUUGGUACUUGGUUUUCUCCUAUGUUUUGUUUCCAGCACUCCUUGGUGACGAAGGAUUUGAGUUCAGUCUUUGACUUCUUGUCCAUAACAUGUAUAGUCUUGUGUUUUAGUCAAUAGCUUCUGCAAUAUUUCUGAAUGCUCUGACUUGUCAGUCAUGAACCUCUUGUUCAAUAUACAUAAUAUGAAGCAGUGAUAUGGUGCAGCAUGGCAAUAAGCAAAUCAAGAGACUUGAAUGUAAUGUACUAUUACUAACUUCAUCUGUGUAAAUGCUGGACCUAUGAGUCAUUCUCCUUUUGGAGCACCUGUAGCAAUUUGGAGUCGGAUUGUAGGAGCUAUUUGGCUGUGGAAAGAGAGUUUACCUCCUGAACUGUUACUCCUAUGAUAUUUUAUCUUCACUUGAAAUCAUGUUUUGAUUUUCCUUUUUUGCUGAGGAAAACAGCAGUUCAUGUUAUUCCUUGCCAGUUCCUUUAUUUACAGAAACAUAAAAGGCAUAGUUGCGUGAAGAGCUCAUCUUGUCUUCAAGAAAAACCUGGUGCAGCACAAAUGACAUUUGAACAAAUAAAGUGCAGACCACUUACAGUGUGCCAGACUCAAUGUUACAUUAUCUCGCAUAUAACAUUAAGGUCUUCGGAUUGUGCUGACAGUAGAAAAGUGAUUUUGUAAUGUAGCACAAUUGCAAUAACACCUGUUAUAUUUAAAUCUAUUUCUUGCAUAAUUCUACAAAAGUUUUUUAAAGUUCAGUGUACCUAAUAAACAUUUGCCUUUUCAAUA